AUGAAUCCCUUCGGUGGCUCAGGUGGUGACGAUUUCUUCGGCGGCGGUGGCGGCGACUUCUUCGGAGGCGGCAUGGGACGCGGUGGUCCUAUGGGAGGCCCAAUGGGUGGCAGUAUGGGCAGGCCGAUGGGUGGUAUGGGACGUGGUGGUCCAAUGAGUGGUAUGGGUGGUAUGGGCGGCGGCAACCCUCGUCAAGGAGGCUACUCAUCCUUCUCUUCCUACGACUCCUCACGUCCGGAAGGCCAACAGUACCAGGAACGUCAUGAGCCCUUCGGCGACUAUGCUGGCGGCAGUGGCAGAGGUACUGGCCACGAGCCCACUCUACGCGGUGGCGGUGGUGGUAGAGGCUUCAUGUUUUCUGGCCUAACACGCGCAGAUAACCCCUUCCGCCGGCAGGUUGGUCGCAAUCCAGCUGGUGGAUACAACCCAUCUGCGCAAGAGGAGCCCCGCUGCCAACAUACUGGUCAAACAAACCCUCAGUACGCUUCGGAGUACGAAGAGUACCCGCGUAGCGCUCCGCAUGGUCAAGGUGGUGGACGUUCAGGCCGCCCCUUUGACUAUGGUUCUUCUCGUCAUCAGCCAUCCGGACAGCAGACCUACUACGACGAUGAGUCGGGUUCGGAGGAUGAACGCCCUCGACCGCAGCGGUCUUACGCUCCUCAACAGGCCUACAGUGGCGGUGGUGCGCGCCGUAGCGGUGGUGGCUCUGGCGGUGGACGGCUCUUCGACUAUGACCGUUUCGGCCGUCGUAAUUAA